GCACAUAUUGCAGCGCGUUCACGAGAGCUAUCCUGACCAACUUCCAGGGCAGCAGACAGUGGGGAAGUUUGGAGAGCGAAACUCUGACUUCGUAAAGUUGAGAAGCUACCAAACAUAAAACUGAGACGGGCCGAAGCCAGGCAGCCACUAUGGACGACUUAGACGCGUUACUGGCGGACCUGGAAUCUACUACGUCCCACAUCUCAAAGCGACCUGUGUUCUUGCCUGAAGAGACCCCCUACUCCAUCCCCAGUGGUGGACACACCUAUCAGGAUGUGUCAGUCCCACCUCCAGUCCCUCCUCCACCCUCAGCCGAGGCUCUGAACGGGUCCCUGAUAGAUCAGCCAGACUCCCACCACUCCUCUCAGCAGUCAUUAGGUUUAGCCCAGAAGAGCGCAUGGUCCAGGGACAGUAGCAGCUCUCCAUUGUCUCACAUUGAAGAGGACCAUGUCUACAGUUUUCCAAACAAACAGAAGCCAGUAGACACGUCAACAGCAGCCAUGACCUCUGCCAUGGGCAGUAACCUCUCAGAGCUUGAUAGACUGCUGCUGGAACUCAACGCAGUGCAACAGAGCUCCCCUUCAUUCCCCACUACAGAGGAGGCAGCUCCACCUUUACCAUCCUGCAGCAUCACCCACUACGAGAACGGCAGCUCCCCUGACAUCAUGGGGAGCCCUCCCCCUCAGGAGAAACCCAAGAGGAAUGGAACGAGACUGGAAGAGGCCCGACCCACCGUGGAGAGUCUGCUGGAUGAGCUGGAGGGUUCAGUGCCUUCACCCAGCUCCUCUGCUCGCCACAGUGAUUUGGACACACCCUCUCAGCAGCAAGCCAGAAUUUCCGCUUCCUGUGCCACAAGAGAGCUAGACGAGCUGAUGGCCUCUUUGUCUGACUUCAAGAUUAUGGCCCAAGGGAAGGGUGGCGUUCCUGGUGGGGCGCCGACACAGGUCAACAAGCUGGACAACAUGCUUGGUAGCCUGCAGUCUGACCUCAACAAACUGGGUGUACAGACAGUAGCUAAAGGAGUUUGCGGAGCCUGUUGUAAGCCAAUUGUGGGACAGGUGGUGACUGCCAUGGGCCGCACGUGGCACCCUGAACACUUUGUGUGCACACACUGUCAAGAGGAGAUAGGCUCCAGGAACUUCUUUGAGCGAGAAGGACAACCGUACUGUGAGACAGAUUACCACAACUUGUUCUCCCCGCGGUGCCACUACUGCAACGGGCCCAUCCUGGAUAAAGUUGUGACGGCGCUGGAUAGGACAUGGCAUCCUGAACACUUCUUCUGUGCUCAGUGUGGAUCUUUCUUUGGCCCAGAAGGCUUUCAUGAAAAGGAUGGGAAAGCCUUUUGCAGGAAGGAUUACUUUGACAUGUUUGCACCAAAAUGUGGCGGCUGUGCCAGAGCCAUUUUGGAGAACUACAUCUCAGCGCUGAACAGCCUUUGGCAUCCGGAGUGUUUUGUCUGCAGGGAGUGCUUCACCCCGUUUGUGAAUGGAAGUUUCUUUGAGCAUGAUGGCCAGCCUUACUGUGAAGUGCACUACCACGAGCACCGUGGCUCCCUCUGCUCCGGCUGUCAGAAACCCAUUACGGGACGCUGUAUCACAGCCAUGUCCAAGAAGUUUCACCCGGAGCACUUUGUCUGUGCCUUCUGCCUGAAACAGCUCAACAAAGGCACCUUUAAAGAACAAAACGACAAACCGUACUGCCAUGGCUGCUUUGUCAAGCUGUUCAGUUAGGGAGUUAGGGAGAGCAGCUAUGGAUCAGGGCUAAGAUCAGUGUCUAAAGCAUCUUUAGCACAGGUAGGGUGGGGAUGGGAUUCAUUGUGUUUGUAUCAAAGAGGGCUGUCUGUAUUCUGAUAGAAACAUUGGAAGUGUGUAUGAAUUAAGUAUGUGCAUGUGAUUGGAGCUGCAUACAGUCUCUUGUCCCCUAUUUUCAGAAUGCCAGCUAUGCAUUUUGCAUUGAGGCUCUUAUACAGUAGGUUUUGGGUUGGUCAGUAGGCCACGGUGUGAUGCAAAUAUACUCAAAAGGUGACAUCACAAGGUCUUUUUCAACUCAACACUGAUAUAUAUACAAGACUAUGUUUUUUUUCUUAAUCCCAAGAAAUGUGUUGGAUAUUUUCAACAGGCAAAGAGCUGUUAUUUUCUCUGUUUUCAAAUAUUCUUAGUUUUUAAUCUUGUUAGAUUGUUAAUUUUACUGAACACUGUAGAAAUUCAUGAAAUACUAGGCAUGUUUGACAUGUUGCUCACUGGUUGAGCGUGUCAUUUUAGAAACCAUAAGAAACAUAAACUGUUGCAACAGAGGAGGGUACAAAGCUUAUUCCCCACAUGGUGUAAAGUUGGAAAGAGCAGAUGGAUUAAUCCAUAAUAUCACUGUAGCAUUGGCUGGAAAUGGGCUGCAUCAGCAUUUAGAAUUAUCUUGUAUGUGUGAAAAAUCUAGUGUCUUUACCCUUUCAAGAAAACACUUGUGUAUAAAAAUGGUGUUGAUACUAGAAUGUCACAAAGAUGAUUUUGAACUGAGUGAAUCAAUUUUACAGUUUCUAAAAUCAGAGUGACAAACCACACCUUUUCUUUUUCUUUUUGCCAAAGGCAAACUAUGCAUGGAUGAAUAUUUUCACAGUGCUUGUCAAUGACGAAGUUCAGUAUGUAAGUCAUCCACCAGUAGCUGCGGUAUUCUCUCUUGGUCACAAAUGUUUGAACAAACUUUACGUAUUUGUGCUGCCAAAUCAUUCCUUGUAUUUUCACAGAAGAAAAGAGAAAAACACCUGAAAUCAUAUUUUUGUCUCUUACAGUGAAGCAGAAUCACACAAAGAUAUUGGGAGUAUAUUGUGCAUCUCUUAAACUACCAUUAGUAUUUCUAGGUACAUCCUGACAAGUUUUUUGUAAAUAUCAAAUGCAGCUACAAUGUAAGCAAAACGCUGGCAUGCUUAGCAUGUACAUGUGUUUAAUGACCACUCAUUCAAAGAAGAGGGCUGGUGAGGAGGCAUAGCAAAGAUAUUGUGAUAUGUUUGGUAUCAUUACUGUAUUGAGAAGCUGAUGAAUGUUCACUAUUUUGAAAUGAGAAAAUGUGCCUGUGAUAUUCCAAUGACUGCAACUGUGGAUUAACAAAUUUGUAUUUCAGCAUCAGCGUGUUUUUCUGAUGUAAAAAGCUGUCUGUUUGUGCCAUUGUAUCAGUACCAUGUCUAAUAACACUGGCAAAUUAAGCAAAAUACUGAUAACAGGUCAAUAGGCCGCAGUUCUGUUUUCAUAUAUGAGUCCACUGAAAAAUGAUGGCUGUAAAAGUGAGAACCUGGUGGUCAGUUGAUGACUCGUUUCCCUCAGCGCCUGAGUAGCAUCUACUGGAUGACCACCAGGUUGGGUCUCGACAUGGGAUCAUGACAUGCAGCAGAUAUAUCGGGCCUUUUGUCUUUUUCAGGGAAUUCUAGAGCCUUACAUUUUUUCUCACUCUAUUUAAGAUAUCAUGUAACAGUUGUCUUUUCAAAUCAAUUUAGUAGAGUUUUAUUUAACCAAAGCCAUACCUUUUUUUAGUUGUGUUUGUGUCUUUUCGUCUUUUUGUUCCCUACACUCUGAAUGUCAGUCCUAACGAAUAGUGAUAUUCCUCGCAUCUAGUCUGAUUAAGCAAAUAAAUUCAGUUUUGUUAUUAAAUAA